GAACGUACAUCGAACCAGUAAAUAUAUAUAGUCAUACAUUUUAUGUAUUAAUGAAUGAAUGAAUGAAGUAGGGAUGGGUCGAGAGAACUGAGAAUUCUCAAGUUUCUUGCAGUCAUAUCAAUGAUACAGCUAAACUUUGUAGUUAUGUGUGAUGUCUUUAUUAGAAGUAGAACCAUGCAACCAAACAGUCACUUUUAUACCGGCACUACGUUCAUAAGUUUAAAUUAUCAUUAGUUAUUUAUUUAAGUUUUUUAUAUUUUUAUUUUAUUUAAUUUUUAUAAGUGAUAAAUAUUUAUUAGUUAAUAAUAAAUUAAUUAUUAGUGAGUGAUUAAAGAAGUUUAAUUAUAUUCAUAUUUUAUUUAAAUAUAAAUAAAUAUAAAAUGGGUAAUUGUUGUUCCUCUUGUUCGAAAAAAUUUCGAUCAUUUUUUCGAAAACGUCAGUGCAAUAUACGUAUGAAUAAUUUGAAUAGUAAACCUGAGUCUCUUCCCAAACCACCGUCAGCUUGUCAAAAUGGGGGAGAUUUUGAUACGCCAAUGUUGACUAUAUUGAGAUUAGACCCACUUAUCUCCGAUAAUGGCGAAGCUCACAAUACAUCACGUUAUGAAAUAAUGACUCGUGAAGAAGGUGACUCGAGAUUGGUCGUAAGACGUGGGCAGGAAUUUUUUAUGCGACUGCAUCUUAACCGUGAUUACGAUUCCGACAUCGAUGGGGUAUCAAUUAUCUUCUCGUUGGAUGGAAUUAAAAAACCCCAGUAUGGACACGGAACUUUCAUGGUCGCGCCUUUGCUCAAUCCGGGAGAGGAGUCGGAAGACGCAUGGCACGCAACUUUAUACACUAGGGAAGCUCAAGCCAUUGUGAUAAAAAUAUCGUCACCAGCUAAUGCGCCAAUAGGAAAAUGGAAAAUGGAAAUCGAUACAAAGCACAAGGAAUCUGGUGGCGCGAUAAGUUUCAAUGUCGAAGAACCCUUUUAUUUAUUAUUUAACCCAUGGUGUCCAGAGGACGUAGUUUACAUAGAAGACGGUGCUAAGCGCCAUGAGUACGUUUUGCUGGACACCGGUUUAAUUUGGCGAGGGAACAAAAACACAAUCAGCGCAUCCCCAUGGAAAUUCGGACAGUUUGAACGCGAUGUGCUGGACUGUGCUCUACAUUUGAUGACAACUGUAGGAGCCGUUCGUGCAUCAUCGCGUAAUGAUCCAGUUGUAAUAACGCGGGUACUUUCAGCGGUAGUUAAUUCUAAUGAUGACAAUGGUCUUCUGAUGGGUAACUGGUCCGGUGAUUACAGCGGAGGUACAGCGCCGACAAAGUGGCUUGGGUCCCAGAAAAUACUCCAAGAAUACUACAAAACUAAAAAACCUGUUAAAUAUGGACAGUGCUGGAUAUUUGCUGGAGUUCUUUCUACUGUUUGUAAGACUCUAGGACUUCCUAGUCGUGUUGUCACUAAUUUUUCUAGUGCUCAUGACACCCAGGGUAGUCGUACAGUUGAUUACUUUGUUGAUAAAAAAGGAGAAAUUAUGGAAGAAUUAACAACCGAUUCAGUUUGGAACUUCCAUGUUUGGAGUGAAGUCUGGAUGAAAAGGUUGGAUCUUGGCUCUGAUUGUGAUGGUUGGCAGGCAAUUGACGCAACACCUCAAGAAACGAGCGAAGGAUCUUUUCGUUGUGGUCCUACUUCUGUUGCUGCGAUUAAAAAUGGCGAAGUUUUACGUCCUUAUGACGGAGGAUUUUUAUAUGCGGCAGUAAAUGCUGACAAAGUUUACUGGAGAUACAAUGGACCUACUCAGCCAUUGAAAUUAGUGUCGAAAGAUACUCAAGGAAUUGGUCAAUAUAUCAGUACAAAAGCAGUCGGAGUAUGGGGUCGUGAAGAUAUUACUCUAAAUUAUAAAUAUCCGGAAACUUCCAAUAAAGAACGAGAAGCUAUGCUGAAAGCAUUACGUCAAAGUGAAUCAAUUUUCAGUCGUUACUAUUUAAAUGAACAGUUCAAUGACAUCAUUUUUGACUUCAAGCUUAUAGACGACGUUGUCGUUGGCCAACCUUUCAGUGUCGUACUAAUGAUGAAAAAUCGUAGCAAAGAAAAUAAAUACCGCGUUUCAGUGGUACUCAGAGUUGAUGUCGUUCUCUAUACGGGAAAAGUUGGUGGUUCAGUAAAGACUUUUGAGUCUGAUCAUUUAGUUAAGCCAGGAUCAUAUGAAGAAGUACGAUUAGAUGUUUCAUGGAAUGAAUAUGCUCCAAGAAUGUUAGAUCAGUCGGCUUUUAAUGUCGCGUGUCUAGCAAAUGUGAAAGACACUAAUUUUGAAUACUUUGCUCAGGAUGAUUUUCGUGUUACAAAACCUAUUAUUGAUGUUGAUAGACAAACAGAAGCUAUUGUCGGUUAUAUCUUAGACGCAACGGCAAGUUUCAUAAAUCCUCUACCGGUAACACUGACAGGAGGUAAAUUUUUAAUUGACGGACCUGGUCUAGACCAACAAUUAAAAAUCAAAGUACCCAAUGACGUUCCGCCUGGAGAAAAAGUCAGUUGCAAAUUUUCUAUGAUUCCGAAAUUUUCGGGACGGAGUACGAUUGUCGCUAAGUUUUACUCCAAGGAACUUGAUGACGUCGACGGGUUUGUCAAUUUUAUGGUCCUUGAAGCCCCGACUUCCAACGGUAACGGUUACCGUUGAUUCAUUGUUGGUGUCAAUUAGUUUAUAGUAUGUAAAUACUAAAUAAAUCUAAAAUAGAAAAUUAUUUAUUUUUAGAAGGUUUAGAAAUUCGUAAUUCGAAUCGAAUUUUAAACUUUGAAUAAUUAAAAAAAUUAGCAGUUAUGUCGUCAACUGAAAUUAGCUAUAGAAUUAAUAAGCUCUUUUAUAAAGAGGUAAAAUGGCCACUUUUUUUUAUUUUAAAAAAUUUUGUUAUUUGUUGUCUUUAACAUACACAGAAAAAAAAUGAUCGACUGAAGGUAAAUAUUCUUAAUUCAAGAAAUUUUUUGAAAACUUCAACUUUUUUGGAUAAAGUAGAAAUCUUCUCUGAUCAAGAAAAAUUUUCUUGAUUCAAGAAAAUCUUGACUUAGUUCCCGAAAACUUGUUUUCCAAAAUAAGUUCUUGAAUCAAGAAUUUUUUCCGUGUAGUGUAAAAUAUUUAUUGCGCCACGAAAUCCUUUUUUUUUUCUGUAUAAUUAUUUACUUUAUUGUAUUUUACUAAAUUAAAUUUUUAAUUAUGAAAUCAAAAUUUUAAGAUCUGAAUCCAAUAAUUCCAUUGUUCGGAUAAAUUAAUUACCCAACCAUAAAUUUUUACCGAUUAUAAUCUUACGCAAAAUUUAAAAAAAAAUUCCCUUAGGUUACGUGAAUUAUAAGGGCGUAAAAAAAUUAACAUGUAAUUUAAAUCACUAAGAAAAUAUUUUCGUUUCGCAUCAGGAGAGACAUCGAUCAGUAAAAAAAAAAAAAAAAAAAAAAAA